UAGAACGUGCCGUCGCUGUCCGAACGUGUGAGGCGCCCCAUCAGCCAGGCACGUAUAGGCACAUUUGGUAAGAGAUUCACGUUCCUGGCUGCUGGAAGUCACGAGAAUGCAUUGCCGGCCGGCUCGACCCACACUGUCUUCGUAAUAGAACGAUAGGAACAAAUUCGCGUGUAAGUUGCUCUUCCCUACGCAGUGCGAUCCCGUGAAGAGUUGAAUACUUGGUUGCAACGAACGAGUAGAACUUCAGCGUGCAGCAGUUGCUCUGGCGUUGCACCUAGUGCAGUUGUGUGAAGGCUUCUGGCGCUGACCGGCCGAGUGGAACUUCAGCGUCCAGCAGCUGCUCUGGUGCUGUAGCCAGUGCAGUCCAGUGUGGCAUUUGCGUUCACAGACGCGUGUCAGGCGCUGACCCGUAGGUGAUUUUUGAGUCGACUCAAAAAUCACCUGUAGCCAGUGCAGUCCAGUGUAGCAUUUGCGUUCACAAACGCGUGUCAGGCGCUGACCCGCUACGCCUGCUCUGACUCCCGCAAGAAGCCACAAACGCGUUUUGCGCUUCGUAGGCUUCGCGAAACCGAAUUUCUUCGCGCCACGCCGCCAACUCGAGCUGGAAGCGCGACCUUUCGAAGAAAAACAAGCUAUACACGUCAGAGAAUCUCCUCGGACGCGUCGGCUCGCAUCGCUUGAUAUGGGAGGAGCCAUGGACGCGUCGGUCGGGUUCUGGGACCUCACGGUCGCUAACUUCCCGCCGCUGCUCCGCCCGCUAAGAGCAUCCUCGCUAAGAACACUCAACGGAAGCAGCGGCUUGGGGAAUAAUACUCUUCUGUUAAUGGGUCCUCUCCAGCACCGCUAUCAUUCGGAAGUUAAUCUCCACUCGGGGGUUCAUCCCUUUUUCGAUGGCUCCUUCUGGCGCCAUUUCCUCUCCGGAUUUGUUAGCCUUUUCGAUGGCUUCGUCUGGCGACGUCUGCUCGACGCACUGCGCUACCCCGGCCUGUCGCGCGACGUGUGUGCGACCGUGCUGACGACGGGGCUCGUCGUCGCAUGGCUGCGACUCUUCGACUUCCUCGCCCGACGAAACUUGGUCGAGCGGAAAUUGAGUCGCAAGAUCCUCCACGUCACCAUCGGCCUCUUUUUCGUCUUCGUCUGCUGGCCGCUCUUCAGCGCGUAUCCCCAGGCCCGUUUCCUAGCUGCCGCCGCCCCCGUGGCGACAGCGGCGCAACUCGCGCUGCUGGGGCUGGGGUUAGCGCGCAGCGACGGGAUUGUCAAGUCCAUGAGCCGGGGCGGCAGCGCGAGGGAGUUAUUGAGCGGCCCGUUGUGUUACGCGGUUACCAUCCUGUUCAUGACAGUGGCCUUCUGGCGAACGUCGCCCGUGGGGGUCGUGGCGCUCGUCAUCAUGUGCGCGGGGGAUGGGGUGGCCGACAUAGUGGGCCGGCGGUGCGGUUCCUGGAAGCUUCCAUGGAACGGGCAGAAGAGCUGGGCUGGCAGCGCUGCCAUGCUGCUGUGUGGAUACGUGCUCUCUGUGAUCUAUUUGUGGUUCUUCUGCUUCCUAGGCUUCCUCUCCAGUCCCCUCCCCACCCACUCCCUCCUCCGGCUUUUCGUUAUAAACCUCGGAGCUACAGUAGUCGAGUCUCUGCCUAUUAGCCUAUACGUCGACGACAACAUUACUGUUCCUGCCACUGCUGUGCUCUUUAGCAAGCUGCUACUAACGAGUUCGUAGCCAGUGUGCUCACUUGCAGUUGCAGCAGGGCAAGUCAGGCGCAUAAUUUAUUUGUCAGCGUUUUUUCUAGCCACUUUUAGCAUAGCAUAGCAGCUUGGUGGCACUGCUCCUAGAAAGCAAUUUUGUGGUGCCUGGGCUUUCAUACAACAUGUACAGUGAAAUAAAAGCAUGUGGAGGAGUGGUCCAGAAAGACACAGACGAGACAUGUUCAGCAGGAGGCAAGACACAGCGUCAGCUAAGGGUAGCCGGUACUGUUCACCAGCGUCACCUAGGAAUACGCCCUAAGCUGCUAGAGCGGCGGGAUUGGCUCGGCAGGGCAAAUCAGGCACCCUUUUCUGACUUUUGGUGGUUGAUUUCUUUGGCUGGCUAUACUAUGAUGUACUGGGU